AUGUCCUACCAGCCCCUCGCUCUCGCCAGCCCCGGGUCGGGGUACGUCCCGUUCGGCGCCUCCUCUCCGCUCGCCGCCUCGCCGCUCGGCGCCUCGCCCGCGAAGAAGGCUGGCUCGGCCCGCCGCCCGCUCCGCCCUCACAACCCGCCGGCGAGCCUGCGGUGGCGCUCAAAGAAGCCGGCGCCGCGCGUGGCCCGGCCGGCAGACGACCAGCGCGAGGCGAGCAACCAGCGCCUGCUCCGCGAGCUGAGGGACGACGCGGCGGAGCAGUACGAGCCGUCGCGGCACGAGCGGCUCCUCCGCUCGAUCUGGGAGCGGCAGCGGUUUGGUGGCGAGUUCCGGUCCGUCUCGCCGUGCUGGGUGACGCUCGGCUUCCAGUGCGAGGACCCCGCGCGCGACCUCCGCGGCUGCGGCGCGCUCGGGCUCAGGCAGCUCCUCUUCUUUGUCGAGCGAGGGGGGAGCGCCGAGGUGCUGGCGGCGGCCAAGUUUUCGCACGCGCCCUUCCCGCUGGCGGCCGCCUCGCUGUCGGUGACUCUGGCGCUCUGCUCGCACCUGCAGCUGCUGCCGGACGGCGCCUCGUCCCAGCCGCUGUGCGCGGCGCCGACGCUGCGCUGCUUCCUGCGCCUCGCCGCCGAGCUGAGGCCGGAGGCGCCGCUGCUCGACCUGCUGCACGCGGAGCUGCUCCGCUCCCUCGGCGAGCUGUGGGCCGAGAUGCAGACGGCCGGCCUCACGCUCAUGCACUUCCCCGAGGCGCUGCGCCACACGCACGCGCACAUGGCCGAGUCGCUGGCCGGCGCCGCAGUGCCGUGGCAGCUGAGCGACGUGCUGCAGCGGCUGCGCGGUCUUGGCCGCGACGCCGCCGACGCCGUGGAGCACGGCGCGAUGGCCGACUUGUGCAGCGGCGGAGUGCUCAGCUGGAUCGGGCUCUGA